GAAACCGAAAAUAGAAAAUAACAAACUUGCACAAAGAACUGUUUUUAACGUAUUGGAGUAGCUAAAACAACUGUCUUUUUUUUCUGAAUAAUUCUGCGUAGAUAGUUGUGAAAAUGAAACUGAAUAUGAAUAACAAAACAAUUAUAUAGUUUAAAGUGGUAAAUUAUAAUUACACCAUGCAUGACCUAAAACUUGUGGGAAUGUAUGCGAAAGGUAAUGGUUUAUGUUAAAUAUUUGGAUCGCUUUCUAUUCGGAUAGUUAUCAAGCAGGAAAUGGAUAUUUCCAACUUUCUUUGUAGACCAGCAUCAUGAGUGGACGAGAAGAUGGCUCGGCCUAUCAGAGGAUCACACGUUCUAAUGAAAACAGAUCUGAUAAUAUGACAGACUCAAAAGAUCUUAAUGAUCAGCAGAAUCUCUUGAAUAGUGAAAAACCAGCAUCAAACAUGGAGAAUAAACGUAAUGAAAUUCACCUAUUUGGAUGGACUUUUAACAAAGUGAUUUUGUUAACACAUGUCAACAUUUUUUUGUAUUCAGCCUGUUUUUGGAUACAAACAGGAACUCUUCCAUAUUUGUCAAAAAAAUUAGGAGUGAAUGCAGUAUGGUACGGGUAUCUUCAAACUACAUUUGCCAUUGUACAGUUGGCUGGAGGACCAUUGUACGGAAGGUUUGGUGACCUGUUUGGCAGUCGGGCAGCAAUGACCUUGGCCUUUGUUUCAGCAGCUUUAUCAUAUCUGUUGUUGUCAGUAUCAACAUCUGUACCAAUACUCUUCCUCUCCAGACUGCCCUCAGUGUUCAUGCAUGCUAUGCAAGGAGGGCAGAUGAUUGUUACUGAUUUGGGAGACUCGGGCAAGCGUGCAGAUGCCCUGGGGAAGUUAGGAUUGUCCUAUGGAGUUGGAAUGGUUGUUGGCCCAGUAGUUGGGGGACUCAUCACAAAGUUUCAAGGACUAGAGUUUGCUGCAUUUGUUGCGUUCCUGGGAUCUGUGCUCAGUAUAUGUUUGGUGGUAAUGUUUGUGCCAAAACAGACUAAAAAAGUGCAAGUUGAAGAAAAAGGUGGCGGUGCCUUAUUAGACUGGAGGAAAUGGUUGUCACUGAUAAUGGCCCCUGGGGCACUGUUCCUGCUCAUUCUGAGGGUAGCAACAGGAAUUCCAAUUGGAAUAUUUCAGAGCAUGUUUCAAGUGGUUGCUCUGGAAACAUUUAAUUUGCCAGCUGAUCAAAAUGGAUAUUUAAUGGCUUAUAUAGGAAUACUCACGAUGAUAGUACAAGGUGUUGGAGUGGGAAUAGUGCUGAAGAAAGUCAGUGAAAAUGCAAUAAUGAAAUGGGCCUCAUUUCUACUUGUGUGGUCAUACUUAAGUCUUUCUUAUGUAUCAGACAUUGUCCAGUUAUGUGUUGUACUGGCACCAUUAACUAUCAGUCUAGCAUCACAGAAUAUUGUCAUCAGCAGUGCAUUGACAAGGACGGUAGAUGAAGUUGAUACUGGUGCAAUGUUGGGUUUAAAUAUGGCAACAAAUUCCCUAAUACGGACAGUUUCACCUACCAUCGGAGGAAUAAUGUUGGAAAAUCUUGGAUUUUCAUCGUUUGGAUAUCUAGGUUUCCUAUCGUCCGGCAUUGUAACUGCAGUGCUGUUUAUCAAGUUCCGGAACAAAACAUGACCUCUUGUUGAUUUUUAAAGUUCAUGCCCUAUUUGUUACACAUACAGUUUUAUUUCUUGUUGAUCAUAUCACUUCUUAAAGAAUAUGCUCAAUCAUACUUUCUCUAACUGUAUGAAAUGUUAUUUAUUUAUAAAUAUAAAAUUGUAAAAUAAUGUGUAUUAUGUCACAUUCCUAGGUCUUUAGUUAUGGAUCAAAUAUUUUAUUAUCUGUUUUUGUUUUUCAAUUGAUUCCUAUCAGUUCGUUUUUAAAAUCAUUUUUGAAAGUUAAGCAAUACCAGGUCACUCAGACCCACCCACUUAGCUCAGUAAGGAGAGCACAGAUCUAAAGAUUGCAGGAUUGUGAGUUUGAUCCCCAUUGUAUGGUAUCCAUGAAGAUUCAAUCAAGACAUUAUGUCUGAAGUUUUAUUGUCCCCCACAUCUGAUUCAUUUCGAGAAAGUUGACAAUUAUUUGUGGAGAAUACAUUAGUGCUUGUACAGAAUCCAGGAUCUCUGGUUAGAUUAACUGCCCACUGUUAUAUAACUGAAAUACUGUUGAAAAACAGCACUAAACCCAAAAAUAAAACAGCAACUGUAUUUAUAUUUGGACAAAGCAAGGUAUAGAUCAGUCUUUUAUUCAAUGAGUUUUCUUCUCUGAGUCAGACUUCUUUUUUCAUUCUGUUAAUAUAUGUUUCUUAUAACAAUGUGCUACUUUGAUGCCUCCCACAUUACAAUUGUUCCUUUAGAUGACAAGUAUUGCCAUCAGUUCUACUGGAUUCGUUUUCAUGAGCCUGCUUGCUUAGCUCAACAGGGAGAGUGCAGAUCUACAGAUCGCAGGGUCUUGAGUUUGAUCUGAGGGUGGGGUGCAUGUUCUCUGUGAUGAUAUGAUAAAAGACAUUGUGUCUGAAAUUAUUCGUCCUCCACCUCUGAUUCAAUUGGGGAAGUUGGCAGUUAAUUGCGGUGAACAGGUUUGUACUGGUACAGAAUCCAGUAACACCAAUUAUGUUAACUACCUGCCAUUACAUAAUUGAAAUACUGUUAGAAAACAGCUUUUAACUCAAUACAAACAAAAACAAACAAACAUUUGAUCUUCAUGAGCUUUCCAUCCCAUGUAAGCAAGGCACUUUAAGUUCUUUUGUUGGAUGUCAAACAGAAGAUUUCUACGGCAAAUUGUUGAUUUAAUCAAGCUAUGUCUUAAUAUACUUGCCUCAAUAACUUUGACCAGACUCUUGUUUAAAAACUGUUGGGCCUUGCUUAGAAUACUUGUAUUACAUGACUGUGUUUUAACAUAUAUUCUGCUUUCAUUUUAUGCUCACAGUGUAAUGAUGAUAUUGCAAAUGUUUGACCAAAACUUGAUUAUGUAGCUUGAUAACUGAAUAAGGACCUAUGUUUUUAUUGGCUGAUUUUAUUGUCUUUUUACGUUUUUAUGUCUUGUUAUUGAAGAAUUAUUCUUUUAUUUAUAUAAAUUUAUGUAUGAACUUAAGAUUAACUAAAACAUGGAUGUAAAUAAGAGGGUUGAACACUAGGGACCUAUAAGUAUUUAAUAUAAAUGCAGAAAAGUUGAAUUUGUUAGAAUUUUAUUUCAAUAAACAAGUUUUUAGCAUAA